AUGCCGCUUCACACCUUGGAAGGGCCUGCGUUUCAGUUUGUCAAGCUUCAGGCCGCGCUUCGAGAGAGACAGCGGGAGGAAAGAGCGCGUCACGCUUUGGAAGAUGUCCAUCAACAGCUUGCAAGAGUCGGCAUUUUGCAGGCUGAACGGCUGCAAGAAAAGAUUGGCGAAUACCUAGACGGUACCGACAUCCAGGUCAUAGAAGACUUUGAUGAGCACCUGUUGGCCGGCCAUGGUAUCCUGAUGGAGGAUCUACCUCUGGAGAGGCUGCAGCAGUUUCUGGAAAAUCCCUCGAUCUUCGAGAAAGGGUCCCGAACAGUGGACGAGAUCCGGAAACAGCUCUACGGCCGUGGCCGUAUGCCCAUCCUCGCUGCAGAGGCUCAGGCCGAAGCUUGUGUUCAUCAUGAAGUUUCGCGGAGGCGUCGGGAGUUUGCAAUCGAGCAUAUAGCGGAAACAUCAGCUCUUCGAGAAUUUCUCGAAGAACAGAAGAUUCAUGCAGGUGCGGGACGUGGAGCAUUGACCGGAGGCACAAAGCGCCUAUGGCUUCCUUGGGUCAAUGCUAUGACCACCGUCCUCUCAGACGGAGAAGCUGUGCAGCGGAAGGGAGCAGGAUCAAAGACCUUCCUCGCUCUGACCACGUUGGGACUGGAGCCAGAGCUUCUGGCCAUCAUCACCUGUCAGAACGUCUUGAACUUGCUCAUGUUGCCGUGCUUUCGGAACAAGGAUGAGAUGCAGGAAAACGCCCGCCAUAAUCGAUUUGGAGAAGUUCCUUUUGCCACAGCGGCUACGAGAGUCGGAGAGGCUGUCGAAGACGAGCUAAUGUGGCAGCGCAUCGCCGCCCAUGAAAGUGGCCACGGCACCAAGUCUGAAGGAGCCAUGAAACCGGAGCUGUUGGAAAUGCGCAGGCUUAGACAGGCAUUCCGCAACCGUACUCAGUCGGUGCCCAUUGGUGCAGCGUUGGUGGACUUACUGAUCGAUUGCUCGGCACUGCGUGUGCCCGGUAUGCACAUCGACAGCAAGGUCGUUUCUGAUGGGCCAGCAGCCAAGAUUCAUGAGGUCGUGGGAUAUCUGUCGCUACAUCCACUGGCCCGGGCGCGAAUGGAGUCGGAGGGUGACAUGCUACAUUUCAUCAAGCCGAAGAUGCAGCCAAUGGUAAUUCCUCCCUUGCCUUGGCAGCCGUGUGGAGACUCUCCUCAAGGUCCCUACAUCCUACACAAGUCCGGUUUCGUGAGAACGACCUCCGAGCAGAUGACGCAGCUCAGAUCCUACAGUGCGUCACGCAGCGCUGGAGUUAUGGACUUCCUUGGAAGGGUGCCUUGGAGAAUCAAUGGACGCAUACUGGACUUGAUCAGGGAGGCCCGGCAGCGCGGCUUGGCCAUUGGGGGGAUCCCUCCCAACGAAGACCCACCAGUCCCAGAUGUUCCAGAUGAAAGCGAUCCGGACUAUCAGGUGCUGCGCCUCAGGCGUCUCAAUGCCGAAAGGCGCUGCCGCGAACUCCGAUCGGAGAGACCGACGUUCGAGUUGAAGCUGCGAAGUGCAGAAGAUUUCGUCAAUGCGGAGAAGCUCUACUUUCCACACAACGUGGACUUUCGAGGGCGUUGCUAUCCUCUGCCGCCACACCUGAAUCACAUGGGGGACGAUGUCAGCCGUGCAUUGCUGAUGUUCUCGGAGUCCAAGCCUUUGGGAAGUGAAGGUCUUUUCUGGUCGAAGGUAAGCGUAGCCAACCUGCAUGGCAAGAACAAGAUCUCGCUCGAAGAUCGAGUGCGAUGGGUGGACGACCGCAAGGACAUCAUAUUGCAGGUUGCUAAAGAUCCCUUCAGCCCAGAAAGCAUAGAGCACUGGGCUGAUGCAGAUGAUGGGCCGUGGCAGGUUCUGGCUCGCUACUUGGAGCUCGCAGAAGUCUACAGUCGGCCAGGGCUUGAAGAGGAGUUCAGAAGCCAUCUGCCAGUGCACGUCGACGGGUCCUGCAACGGCCUUCAGCACUAUGCGGCUUUGGGCCGUGAUCUCGCAGGUGGGGAGGCGGUGAACUUGCUGCCUAACGACAAGCCGCAGGACGUCUACACAGUUGUGUUGAAGAUUGUCAUAGACAAGGUCAACGCCGAUGCUGCAUUGCCCGUCCAUGUCCAAACAGAAAGCCCCGAAGGCCGUCCUCCGAGCCAGGACCAAGGACACCUUGCUCGAAGGCUUCUGGAGCUGGGCAUACUGCAGCGCAAGGUUGUGAAGCAGACCAUCAUGACCAUCUGCUACGGUGUCACGGCUGUCGGAGCUCGCAAGCAAGUCCAGGGCCAGAUCGAGGACAUGGUGGGCGAAAAGGUAGACCCCGACGAAAUCCUGGCGCUGGCAAAGUACCUGUCGAGGUUGGUUUUGGCUUCCAUUGAUGACGUCUUCGCGCAGGCGAUGAAAAUCCAAAACUGGUUGAACCAGAUCACAAAGAUUUUCUCCAAGUUGCAGGCUCCAAACGCUUGGAUCUCACCCGUCGGCCUGAACUGCGUGCAGCCUUACCGGAAUGCACAGAAAGCGGUGGUUCGCAGCAAGCGCCAGACAGUUACGUUGAAAACUGGCGAUGCACCAACAAUCAACCAGAUGCGGCAGAGAAUGGGCUACCCACCGAACUUCAUCCAUUCACUUGAUGCCUCGCACAUGAUGAUGGUUGCAGAGAGCUGCCAGCGCGAGGGCAUGACGUUCGCGGCAGUACAUGACUCGUUUUGGACACACGCCUGCGACACCGCCAAGCUGAAUAUGCUCACCCGUGAGGCCUUCGUUGAGCUUCACAGACAGCCGAUCCUUGCUGAGCUCUACGAGGACAUGAAAGUGCACCUCGGUGGCCAAGCCCCUCCCCCUUUGCCAGAGCAAGGACAACUGGAUCUCGAUCGCGUAAGGGACAGCUUGUACUUCUUCGCAUGA